AUGCAAAAGAAUGGAAAAAGAACAAUACAUGAUUUAAGUUGCCAAUUUGGUGCAAGAGGAUUUUCUGAAGAAAUGAGAGAGGCCGUUGGGACAACACAAGAAGGUUUAACAGAAUUUUUAAAUCAUUACCCAUCACUCUUUAUUGUUGAAAAUGACACUGUAACUUUAAAAGGUUUCGGUGAAAUGGAUGGUAAAAAUCAGAUAAUGAAAAUUCCUGGAACUGGUAGUCGAAAUAGAGAUUAUGAAAAAGAAGCUGUUGACUUUUUCGUUACAAAACUUCAAAAAUUUGGUCCUGAAUUACAAAUAAAAAGUUUAUUAGGACAUAGAUCACAAGCUGCUCCAGAAGUUCGAUUAGUCUCUGGAAGGCAUUUAAAAGAAUUUUGUGAAUUUUUACAAUCCCAAACAGAACAUUUUGUUGUUGAAGGUGAUAGAGUUAGAUUAAAAAAUAUGCCAGAACCUAGUCAUGGUGCAGUAGAAUUAGAUGAGGAAGGAAAUCCAUUAGCAGGUGUUAAAGCUAAACAAGCUGCGUUAGAUUUUCUAAGAGGUGUUCUUGAACAGAAUGAUGAACAACCAAUACCAUUAGAUUUAUUUUAUCAAAGAUUUUGUGAACGUUUUACUCAUACAGUACGUCAAGAGGUUGCUACAAAUCCAAAAGAAUUAUUACAAUUUUUAAAACUUAAUCGUAAUGUUUUUUUUAUACGUUCAAAUAAAGUAUCUUUGGUUAAAAAUAAACCAGAAGAGAAUGGAUCUGAAAGUGGUAGAUCAACAGAAGGUAGUGAAUCAACUUUCUCUGAUAAUAAUAAUACUUUAUAUCCAUUAAAUAAAAAUUCUCUUUCAAAAAUAACAUCUGUUAAGUCAUUAGCACAAGCUCAGGAAGCAAUAAAAGAUAUAUUAAAUGACUUGGAUAAUCAAGAAGAAAAGUAUGUCGCAAUAGACUUUAAAUUAGUAACAUACGGUGGAAUAAAUAGUGAAGAAUUUCUAUCAUUAAUUGUAAUAGCAUCUCAAAAACGUAUUCAAGUUUUUGAUAUGGCUAGUUCUAAAGUUCUUUUAUUGGAAAGUGGAUUAAAAGAAAUAUUAGAAUCAGAUAAGGUUCUUAAAGUAAUACAUGAUGUAAAAAGAGUAGCUAGUUUAUUAUUAACAUGUUAUGAUAUACAAAUGCAAAAUGUUUUUGAUACACAAAUUGCUCAUUCUGUAAUUCAACAUGACAAAUUUGGUAAAUCAUUCUCUGAUUUACGAGCCAUAUCAUUUUUAAAUUUACAACGGGUUUAUUAUCCCCAAUCAAUAAUGAUGUCGGAUAUUACUCCUAGAAAACUUUCACAAACUCCUAAAUGGGAUCAAAGACCAAUAAAUGAUGAGAUGAUGUUAAGUGUUGUUGAAGAAUGUCAUUGUCUUAUAACAGCAAUGUAUAAAAUAUUACAUCAACAAGUACCUUUACAAUGUCAUGGAUUAUUGGAAGAAAAAUGUAAUGAAGCUUUACUUCCACAACCAAUAAAGGUAUCUACAAUUGUUAAUGGAAAUGGAUUAAGUGUUGCUAUAUCAAAUCAAUUAAAUGGUUAUAAUAAUUCAUCAGUUAAAUUAUCAAGAAAAAUUACACCAACUACUGUAACAAAUCAAAAAGAUUCUAUUGGAGAAUAUCAAAAUGUAAUAAAUAAUAAUAAUAUAAAUUCUUCAAAUAAAACUAGUACUUCAACAUCAUCAUUACCUAAUGUAAAGCCGGUAAUGUGUGAUAUGGGUACCCAGACAUUUUCAACAGGAGAAAUUGUUGUAUUGAAUGUAUAUUAUGAUUAA